AUGCAAGAAAUUUUGAAAUAAUCUCAAUAAGAAGUGGAUCCCAAACACUUAUCGGAGAUUAGUUUGGCUCACCAGGGAAUUAAAAAAUUAAACUAAUUGGGAGGAAUAAAUUGUUCGACUGAAUACUUAGAGAAAAUUCAUUAAGCAGAAUAUGAGGAAGGAUAGGAAAUCAUUAGAACUGGAGAAAGCGGUCAUUUUUUUUAUUUACUCAUUGAAGGAGAAAUUAAUAUAAAAAAAUCAUACUUUGGAUCAGAAGCUUUGAUAAAUCUACCAUAUAUAUAGACUAUAAAAAGUAUUACAAAAACAAAAUUGGGAACAAUCAGCAAAUUUGAUUUUGAAUAUAUCAGAAGGAAAGCCAAGUUAAAAGACACAAAUGAGUAACUUGAAUUCUUUAGACAAUCUCAAUUAUUUGGGCAAUUAUCAAAGGCAAUGAUAGGCAAGUUGCUCAAAAACUGUUAAAUAGAAACAUUUGAUAAAAAUCAAUUGGUCUAUUAUGAAGGAGACCCAUCCUCUGCAAUAUAUUUGGUGAGAGACGGCAUAUUUUAAUUGUAGAAGAAAAUGGUUGUUGGUAAUAAAUACAAAAACAUUACCAUAAGUGAAAUAGGAAUCUAUUAAUUAUUUGGUGACCUUGAGUGUUUGUUGAAUAAGCAAAGAUAUUUCACUGUUAAAUGUUUAAAGUAAGGUAGUUGCUACAAAAUCAGCAAUGAGGAUUUCUAUUAAAAAGUCAUUUCUGAUUAACCAAGUCAAGAAGCAAAAACAUAUAUCAAUCAAUAUAUUAGGACGCAAUUGCUUAAUAGGAAUGAGAGAAUUGAAAGAGCAAAUGAGACAUUAGCUCAUAAUAGCGAAUUUUUGAUUGGGUUGCCUGUAAUGAAGAGUUAACAAAAUAAAGAAUUGAGUCAAAUCGAAAUGAGUGUUCUAGAUAAGACUCAUACGAGAUAUGCUCAAAUCUAUAAUUCAGCUAGUUAGAAGAGAGUAAAGGUUAGGUAUGCCACAAUCAGCAAAACUGACGUAGCUGUUUCUAGAGUGACAUCUAAAAAGGAGUCUAUUAAUAAGACGAUUGUAAUUUCGAUUGAGAAACCCUAAAAAUAAUCUAUCUAUGAUGAAAUUAAAAUGCCAGAUAUAGUUUAGAGGAGGUAUCGUAAUAUCUUGCCUUAAAGAAAGAAAGACUUUUGGAUAAUUACUUAAAACAAUAAAUCUUCAAUACUUUGA